AUGCCUGAAGUCAUAGAUCUCCUCUCAUCGGACGACCCCCCUGUUUCAGCCGAUCGCCAGCUACCGGAAUCGCAAAAGCCGGCCGAACUUCCAUCGCGACGUCCGUUGCCUCAGCUCAAUCCGAUCUCGUCAGAUUCGGUCGAUGCGUCCCUCUUCGACUAUGACGAUAUCUUCGAUAAGCCAGCCAAGAAGCGGAGAGUGAGCGAUCAAGGCACUUCUUCUUUGCGACAUGUCACCACAACAAACGCAGCCCGCGCGCCAGCUCCAGAGACAGAGCCUUGGUUCUCUAUAUCUGAUGAUGAUCUUGACUUGCCGCCCUUGGGCGCCGCAGCGCAGAAGAAAACAGCACAGUCACGUAUUGAAGAUUCCGACCCGAUCAUUCCUACUUCUUCGGCUCCAGCUCCCCCGCCGAGGCCCCUGCCGCGGAGGUCAAACCUCCUAGAUUCGGAUAUCAUAGCGCUUGACGAUGAUGAUGAUGAAUUUACGGACCUUACGAAACCCCAGUCAUCAAGCCUCCGCAUUCACAGCGAAAUUGAAGAAUUCAGCGACCCACUCGGCCUGCCGGAAUUCUCUGAGCUACUAAACCCCUCGCGAAACACAAAUGCCUCAAAACCCAUCUUCUCUGAGUCGACGGCUCGGCUCUUAGCUCGCAUUGGCAAUGACGACACAUCCAGCACAAAACGCGCAGGCGCAAAAACGAAAGCUGGUACUCGGAAAGGCGCCAGUGGGGAAACCACGACUGCGGAGGUCCUCUCCGAUGACGACAUCGAUGAACCAGCAGCACCGCGGAAAGCAGCUAAGAAGACGGGCAAACUCACGUCCGCGGAGAAAGAAGCAAAAGCUAAAGCACGCGAAGAGGCAAAGCUGCAGAAAGAACGAGAUCGCCAACUGGAAAAAGAGCGCAAGCUGAAGCUCAAAGAGGAACAGGCGAAAGAGAAACAACGAGUCGCCGAAAUCGCGAGCGUCAACAAGCUCAAGGUGAACAAGAAAGACUCCACACCAGAAAUGAUCGUCGAUCUGGCCAACUCUUUCAUGGACAGCAGCAUCGGCACCCAAACCGUCGAGUUCAUGAAACGCCUCGAGGUCCAACAUACAUUCUUCACAAGCCCAAUUCCCAACGUCGUCAAAUGGCGCCGCAAAAUGAACGCCAGAUACAACCAGACCCUGCGCUACUGGGAACCAUGUCCCUUCUUCAUCCAAAACGAAAACCACGUGCUAUGUCUCGUCCCUGCACAAGACUUCGUAAAUAUGGUGGUAACAAAUCCAUCCUCAGACUCAGACGCAAACUCAGAACCACCCGAAAGCCUCGAAACCCACGUCCGCCGUCUCAAAACCGCCUACCCAGACUGCAAGGCCAUCUACCUAAUCGAAGGCCUAACGCCCUUCAUGCGCAAAAACGCAAACGCCCGCAACAGAGCCUUCCAAGCCGAAGUCCUCCGCCAAAUGGCCGAACCCACGGCCGCAGAAGAACCAACAUCGACCGCCCGUGGCCGUCCCAGAAAACAGAAGAAACCCGACGCAGCGCCCCUAGUCGACGACGAGACCGUCGAAGACGCACUACUCCAAUUACAAGUUACGCACUCGUGUCUCAUCCACCAUACGAAUACUCCAUCCGAGUCCGCGGAGUGGAUCAAGAAUUUCACGGAGCAUAUCUCGACUGUGCCAUACCGCCUGGAACGACAGGAAGCGCAUAAUGCGGCGUUUUGUAUGGAGACGGGACAGGUGAAGACUGGUGCUGAUAAGCAGGAUACCUUUGUCAAGAUGAUUCAGCAGGUUACUCGUGUUACGGCGCCGAUGGCUUAUGGAAUUGCAGGACAGUAUCCUUGUGUCACGGAUUUGACGCGUGCGAUGCGUAUGCAUGGACCUAUGUUGUUGGAGGAUAUUAAGAAAUCCGCAAAUAAGAACGGGUCCCUGACCAAUGCACGUAUUGGGCCUGCUGCUAGUAAGCGGCUGUACAAAGUGUUUACUGGGCUUGAUCCCAGCUCGAUGGACGUUUAG